AUGGCUUCCGCCAUUUUUAUCGCCUACAAUUUGAUAUUGAAUUUACGCGAUAAUAAUUGUCUAAGUAGUAAUCGCAACGUAUCGGAUGCACGAAUUCCAAGUCCAACCAAUUCAAUUCCAAUUCUUGGCUUGGAAUUGGUCGGCAUUGAUUGGAAUUGGAAUUGGAAUUGGUCGGAAUUGGUUGGAAUUGGUUGGAAUUGGAAUCGGAAUUGGUCUGGAAUUGGAAUCGGAAUUGGUCUGGAAUUGGUUGGAAUUGGAAUUGGAAUUGGUCGGAAUUGGAAUUGGAAUCGGAAUUGGUCUGGAAUUGGAAUUGGUUUAGAAUUGGUCGGAAUUAGUUGGAAUUGGAAUUACUCUGGAAUUGGUUUAGAAUUGGUCUGA